CUUGAAUCGUCUGCGUGACAAGGUAUCUCUUUCUGGUAGUUUAGGUGCUUCGGUACUUAUGAAGAAGAACUUCUCUCCAAAUUCAACUGCUAGUGUCUUCAGAUGGACUUGAUUGCUGUUCGUUUUUCAUUCGUACGCUUCUCCCACCCAAUCCCAAAGACUUUCCUCGCGGAACAUCGUGAGGCCACAUCAAUUGUCCUCCCCUUUCCAGCUUCCGGAAGACCCGGAUACGAAGUUUCAGCCAACGGCUCAAUCAAUCUCGAAGAUGAUUGAUGAGUUGUGCCCCAAGGAUGUCCCAGCUCAUGCUGAAGAUGCUCUGAUCAAGUUGCAAAAUCAAGUCAAGAAGGUGCGUGCAAAAGAAGCAGCUGAAGCGCGCCGCGAGGGAUAUCAGGUAGCAAGAUUAGAAUGAAAUCUACAGAAGCUGCAAGUUCCUUUCUCCUCCCACACCACCAGCCCACUCCUCUAAUUCUUUCGCUCCGAUCCGACUCCAGUCGAAGAUGAUGGUGCCGCGA